CUGCUCAGUCUCGGCAUAGGGAGGGCUGGAGAGCUUGGCCUGGGCCUGAGCCGGGGCUUCCUCGGCCUCACACAGUGCAGAGGGCGACAGGAGAGCGCCAAUCGUCUUCCCUGGUUGUGGUAUGGAGCCCUGAGCUCGGAGCUUGUCUGCUGAGGCCUUGUACUGGGGAGGGAGGAGGAUCGCUGCUGCCAUCAUGGCUCAGGAGAAAAUGGAGCUGGACGUGGAGAUCCCCAGCGAUGGUAGCCUGAGGAGGUCCAAUAGUGCCCCCCAUAUUAACGGGCUCAGCGAUCACUCACCAGUGUUCCAAACCUAUGCAGUAAGGGCACGCAGAAACAGCACCACUGUGGUGAACCGCCAGAACCUGGUACCAUCUUCCUCCCCUGUGCGAAUACCAAGCAGCAGACUUUAUCAGCUGAAAAGGGAGGAGGGAGUGGAUCUGAUGAAUCGAGAGACCGCACGUGAAAGGGAAGUGCAAACUGCAAUGCAAAUGAGUAUUUCCUGGGAGGAAAGCUUCAGCCUGAGUGAUAAUGAUAUUGACAAGCUUGAUAAACCUUCAUCCCCAAAACGUGUUGACUUUGCUCCAGUGUCACCAGCCCCUUCGCCUACAAGAGGAAUAGGAAAGCAAUGUUUCUCGCCUUCUUUACAAAUGUGUUUGAGCAGUAAUGGCUUGCCUCCAAGCCCUAUACCUAGUCCCACAAGACGAUUUACCACCAGGAGGAGUCAGAGCCCAAUCAACUGCAUUCGCCCGAGUGCACUUGGCCCCAUAAAAAGAAAAGUUGAAAUGGAACUUGAAAACCAUCCAAAAAGGCUGUUUCAAGGAACUACAACCAUACUAUCCCCUGACGUUGCUCAUCUAUCUGAUUACAGUUGCCUUUCUUCAGACCUUGAUAGCAGCAGCAGCAUUGGCUUCCCCGACACGACGCCUAAAGAUGGUUGUGUGACUGACUCACCUGUGGCUUGUUCAAACUCCAGCUCUUCAUUCAUAUCAUUAGAUGAUCUUUCUCCAAAGUGAAGGUCCUAGCACAGGUUGUUUGGAGACUGCAUGGCGGAGUACAAAGCAAAGUGAUCUACUCUUCAAGCCCUGUCCUUGUGUGUGUAUUCACUUUUUUUUUUUUUUUUUAUAAUUAUUAUGUAUAUAAAAAAUGCCCCUUCCUGUGUGGACUGUUACAGAAAAGAAAGUAGGGGGCUGUAUAUUUUAUGUACAGAAUAGUAUGUACAGUAUGUGUACAUAUUGCCUGUAUCUUCCAGGUCUUUGACUUUUUUUUUUUGUCUUUGCUAUUAUUUAGUGUUUAUUUAUUUUAAAAUGUAAAGUAUGUGAGGUCUGUAACCAUGGUCUAAGAAUGUACUCAAAGUGCUUGGUUACAGAUUUUGACCAGCGUUGACUGUCGUUGGUGUUUUUUUUUGUCCGCUUGAUAAGAUUUUUACAUUCAUUUGAAAUUGACAAAUUGAAUUGGUUCUGUCCUGUCAGGUUACUGUCCAUGUCCUCCAAUGUUUCUGCAUGUUAUGUGUUUUUAUUUUUUUUUAUUUUUUCUGGGCACUUUUUUUUUUGUUUUUUUUUUUUGACUGUUCUCACUUUACCAUCUAUGUAAUUGUAUAAACACAUGCUUAGUCCCAUGGUAGUUUGCAGGCCAUUCCAACCAACUUUUUUUUUUUUUUUAAACUUGUUUGGAUGCCUUGGUCUAGCUGGUUGUUUUUUGCAAUAUAAAUCUGGCUGUGAUCUUCUGAAAAUUGCAGUGUUUGUUUAUGCUGUGCAUAUGGCAGGCUGUUCUAUUCCUUUCUACCUUCCUCACUCGAUAUUCGUUGUUUCCCAGUUUCAGGUGACCAAAGGAUAGAAAUUGGUUGGUUGAAGGUGCAUCUUUUCCAAUAGUUUCGGUCAUGUGGUUACUGAGAACUAGGAAACUGAUAAAACUGUUUGGUUUUCCAUCCAACUUUCAAAGUGCAGCAACUCUUCACACAAUAGUGUAGUUUAAAGACAGAUCCACAGGACAAUCUGGAAAAAAGACUGAAUAUACUUGACUUUCCAGCAGGCUGUGUAUUAAAAUGGCUGCAGCUUUGCUAUUCUACAGUUGCAGCAUUUAUUCCACAUUUUGGGUGUACAGAAUAUCUGCUACCUCACUGCAAGCUGUAGUUAAUACCACUGGCUCCGUACCUCACUACAGGACCCACAAGAGAACCCACUGAGCGGGCAAACAGUUAUUCCACCAAUCCAGUGGGACUAGUACAUGUAGUGGCCAGGAGCAGUAAGUAGCUUUUCAACACAAGGUCCACUGGAAAGAUAGGUAUUCACUCUUAUUUCACAGGCUGUCUUGUAUUUAUGUUUAGAAGUGACCCUUUUGGUGACCGGGUGCCUUUGGGGUUGAUUGAAUAAAACUGGAGAGUACAUAAUCCUGGUGCAACUGUGCAUAGUAGUCAAUCAGCUUCUAUCUUCAGCUUGCUCAAUUAAGCUGGUUUCAAUGAAGAGCUGCACCAGAUUUUGUGUUGUUUUAGUAAAUCAAACCCUUUUAAAGCUUGGUUGUGACUUGCGACGCAACUUUGCUAUGCGACCUUCUGUCCACUUGAGUACUACCUUUGAUAGAAGUCACCUUGAAACAGUACCUUUUCUAAAGUCGGAGCGACUUCAUUAGUGCUAGUUAGGACAGCUCUCAUUGACUAACAUUGAAUUUGACAUGUCAUGCGACUUGGGUCUUACAAGUUAGAUCCCAAGUCGCAGCAAUGUGAGCCGAGCCUUAGUCCGGAUGGUAUUGGGAUUUAGAGACCAGGUAGCCAGAUGCACAAGAUAACUAAUCAAAUGAGAAAUAAUUGCUCCUUGCCAUGUCUGUCAUGUUUGGCUAGUAUUUUUAACUUUUACUAGCAAAGGUGUGCCUGUUCCAGAAUGAAAAAUGAUUAUGUUCUUACAAAUGUGUAAAAUUUUACAAAAUUAAAACAGCCUAUUUAUUUUUAAUAAAUCUUGGUUUCAUGGCAAAUCAAGUUUAAAGUAUUACCAAAAUAAAAAAUGUGACCUAGAUUUAUUACCUGCUAAUCCA